AAUUUUGUUUACGUAUUUUUGUUAUCAAAAAUUCUAGUAAGCGCUUAGCAUUUUUAUUUGGGACGAAUAUUCGAAGCAACCAAAAUGGUAAUUUGCACAUACUAUCUAAACAAUAAUUGCCGCUUUGGUGCAAAAUGCAACAAUGAUCACAUCGACUUAGGAGCCGUUAUAAAAUCCGAGGUCGACGUGACGCUCAAGGGGAACCAAUGGCCACUGUCGUGCUUUGGGCCGUUCAAGGAGCGAAUGAGCGUGCCAAACUUCAUCGAGGACGUGUGCUUUGAAGAGGUCCGCAUGAUGUAUUUGGAGGCGAAAAUGCAGAACAACAUCGCCGGCCACCAACUCCAGCUGGGCCAGAUGAUAACCGAUGCCAAGCAGAAGAUGCAGUGGAUUACGAGCACCAACCGGGAUGUGAUGAACGUGCUGAUCGAGAUCUACAACCAGCCGGAUGAUGCGGGGAAAGCGGCGGCGGCAGGGGUUGCGGCCACUGCGAAUCCGUUUGGGGCAGCUCCGAUUGGAACGGGGAGUACGAGUGUGGCGUCGAGUAUUUUCGGGGGUGGAGCUUCCGGAGGAUUUGGGGGGAGCUCGUUUGGCGGUGGAUCAGCAGCGAGUACGAGCAAUAUCUUUGGCGCUGCUCCCAAUCAAACGGCGUCGAGUAUUUUCGGAGGCGGCACGGCGGCAAACCCGGCCGGAACUCUUGGAGGCAACAUAUUUGCGAAGGCGGCUCAACCAGUGGCGCCUAGUUCGAAUAUUUUUGGACAAGUGCAGCCGCAGCAGCAACCACAAACUGGAAGCGUUUUCGGUGGGGCGCCCACCUUUGGCGGAACGGGAGGAUCUCUGUUCGCUUCCGUGCCUCAGCCGACGGCGCCGAUCUUUGGUGCAUCUGUUCCGACAGCAGCCGCAUCGAGCAAUCCUUUCGCCCAGCCCCAACCGCAAGCAGCGACAGGAUUCGGAGCAGCUCCCCCAAGUCAGAACCUUUUUGCGAGUGUGGCCCCGGCCCAGCCCGUUUCAAGCAAUCCGUUUGGCGGAACGUUUUCAGCUCAACCGCAGCCGUCUCCGUUUGGACAAGCGGUACCGCAGCAGCCUCAGCCCACAUCCGGCAAUUUGUUCCUUCCGGUACCAACCCAGCAGGUCGCACCCGCUCCGGUAGCUCAGUCACCGUUUGGCGGUGCCGUUGCGAUGCCAUCCCCGUUUGGAGCGACUCCUGCCCUGGCGGCGGCUACUUCUGCUGGCAAUCAAUUUGCCAAUCUGUACAGCAAAAUGGAAGAUCUCACGUCGGAACAGCUGGAAGCGUUCAAGGCGGACCGGUUCGAGCUGGGCAAGAUUCCGAUCGUGCCACCACCGAAAGAGUUGUGUAGCUAAUUCUUCAAUGUUCUCAAAAUGUUUCAAUAAAAAGAAGUUUUAGUUUUAACAUUU